UUCUGAUUAAACCUAUGUUCUGAUGGCUCUUAUCUUAGUCUCCAACAAUAAGUUUUUGAUUAAAAAGAUCAACAAUCAACAGAAACCUGACAUUCGAAAAAAGGUGGAUUAUUUUAUCCUCUUUUUAUCAGUUAAAAAUAUGAACUAGAACCAAAUUGCCAUUAAAAUGGUAUAUUUAACCCACUUAUACAGAAUGUUUCAAAAUAUAUCCGAUGUAUGAACAUAGACUGCGUCAGACGGACGAGUCCCGCGCUCUAGAAGCGUUGCGCACGGUGGUCCCGGCGGCCGCGACCGCGCAGCGCGCCGCCGUCGCGGUGCAGGCGCGCCUCGAGCGCACCGCACACACCAACACCAACUGGCUGCUCAGGGCCAGUCGUGCCUACACAUCCUGGGUACGUUUCUACUCGGGCUACCCUCGCGACGUUAAAGAGUACUUGGACGCGAAGCAGCUACAUCUCGGGCACGCGGCCAAGGCGUUCGCCCUGAGGGACGCCCCCGCGACGCUUGCGCGCCGAGUCAAGUCCAACCCUAGCAAUAAGGAGAAACCCUCCAACAGACUUACCAUACAUAAGGAUGAAGAGAAGAAACGGCCAGGAUUCGAAAAAGCAAAGUUCGGUUCAUUUGGAAGCCGCGCCGCUCAGAGACAGAGCUCCAUGCACACGGCCAGCGAAUUCGAUAGCGGAUUGUCCACCCUCGACCAAUCCCAGCCCAAGAACAAGAAAAAGAAGAACAAAUGACAUUUAAAUAACAUAAGUCAUGCGAUUUAAUAUUAAAAAGGACCUUUGUAA